CCGUAAUAAUGCACGUGUAUACUUUUUGAUAAAACUACGUUAAAAAUGGGAACGCCGUUUCUAAGAAAAAUUUUUUUGUGUCUUUCGUACGCGACUUUGUUAUAUUUCGUGUUUCUUUUAAUAAGAGAUUUAAACAAUUUAUCAAAAACGAACAAAAAUGGUGAAGUGAAAGUGCUCACUCAAAGUGGAAACCUAAUAUUAUUGAAUGAACCAAAAUACGUCACAGGUAUGAAAUACAUUCUUCAAUGGACAUCGCCUCGAAAUGUACCUUUGGCCUACAUGGGCAAAGGUCAAGAAGGAUUCACGAGCAGGGACUGCCCUUACCAAAAUUGCUAUGUUACGGGUGAAAAAAAGUAUUUCAACGAUAUAACAAACUUCGAUGUGGUUAUUUUCUCUGGACCUGAAGUAUUAACUCACCCAGAAAUGCUCUUACCAUCCAAAAGAGCUCAGCAUCAAAAAUAUGUAUUUGCCUCAAUAGAAUCAUCUGAUUAUUACCCAGCUUGUACAAACAAAUAUGAUGGAUACUUCAACUGGACGUGGACGUUUAGACUUGACUCUGAAGUGCGAUGGGGCUACUUAGAUGUAAGGGACUCAAAGGACAACCUUAUUGGCCCUAAUAAAGUAAUGCACUGGCUGAAAUUGAAAGAAAUGGAUCCUGUGAGUAAAGAGUUCAAGCAGAACUUGAAAACUAAGAACAAAGCGGCUGCGUGGUUUGUUUCUAAUUGCAGGGACAAAGCAGGACGGAUGAAAGUCGCUAAGGAACUUAAAGAUGAACUCGAAACGUAUGGUCUUGAACUUGAUAUAUACGGCAAGUGUGGAACACUAGAAUGUUCUACAUCAAAUCAAGAAGAAUGCCUGAAAAUGGUCGAAGACACAUACUACUUUUAUUUGUCGUUUGAGAACUCGUUUAGUGAGGAUUAUGUGACAGAAAAAUUGCUUCAACCUCUACGACAUAACGCUGUGCCUAUUGUUUAUGGGGCAGCUAAUUACACGAGGUAG